AUGUUGGAAUUAUUUUACGAAAGUAAUGAAUUUUUUCAGAUGAAGGAUCUCGAAAAGAUUGCUCCAAAGCAGAAAGGUGUCGUUCCGCAGUCUGUGAAAGAAAUAACUCAACUACUCGUUGAUGAAGGUUUGGUUGAGUGUGAAAAGAUUGGUACUUUUGUUUGCUACUGGGCAUUUUCGUCACAAGCAACGAUUAUACGCAAAAAGCAGCUACAGGAAUUAGAUGAAAAGAUUUUAAAUAUGGAAACGAAAUUAGAAGAAGUGAAAGCUGAUGUUGCGGCGAUAAAGAAAGGGAAGGAAGCAACUGAAGAGCGCCAAAAUUUACAAUUACAUAUUAAUAAAUUGCAAACGAAGCAUGAAGCAUUGGCAAAAAAAUUGGAAAAAAUAAGGGAAGAAGGCCCUGAAGCUAUUGCUCGACUUGAAAGUGAGAUGGCGAAGGCUCGUGAUGGCGCAAAUCGUUGGACUGAUAAUAUAUUUGCGGCGAAAAAAUGGUGCAAAAGGAAUUUCAACAUAGAAGAAAAAAUAUUGAAUGUGCAGUUUGAAAUACCGGCAGAACUCGAUUAUAUGGAAUGA